AUGGAAGGUGCGUACAACACCUCCAAUGACACGGCUUCAUACACCACCUUCACCACCACCUCCUUUACCAGCAGUGAGCCAGAUGACUACUCCUCCAAUCACACGGCUUCAUACACCACCUUCAACACCACCUCCUUUACCAGCAGUGAGCCAGAUGACUACUCCUCCAAUCACACGGCUUCAUACACCACCUUCAACACCACCUCCUUUACCAGCAGUGAGCCAGAUGACUACUCCUCCAAUCACACGGCUUCAUACACCACCUUCAACACCACCCCCUUUUACUACAAUGAUUUUACUACUACAUUUGACGACAACUACUGGCCCCAAAUUUAUUUAUCAUAUGAGCCAGACCGCUACCUUUCAGAAGCUGUACUUGAGGCGUCAUGGAUUGUCAUCUCCAUCAGCGUUCCUCUGAUUUUAGUGGCCAUCCGUGCUCUGUAUUCUCUGGUGCGAGACAACCAUGUUGUUCCAGUCUACGUCAUAAACCUCCUUGUCUCUGAUCUCAUCCAGAUGUGCUGCUUUGUCAUUUUGCUGGCAGCACCCCAACACUUAAUUUUGACCUCCACUCGUCUUUAUUACGCUGGUUUGAUGGCAAGCGUCGGCUUCAUGGUGUGUGUAGCCAUGGAAAGGUAUUUGCUCAUCGCCUGGCCAGUGUGGUACCGCUUGAGACGAAACGUCAAGGUCUCUCUGGUGGUCUGUUUCAUGGUCUGGGUUAUCCCCUCGGUUUAUUUCAUUCUCCUCUUUUGCAUAAAGGAUAGUGUGACCCAAGACAUCCUCCUGUCCAGCUACGUCCUCCUGCCCUUUCCCCUGCUCAUCUUCUUCCUGGCUGGGAGCCUCAAAGCCCUGUCCUCCUCCAUCUCUGUCUCCCCUGAGGAAAAACGGCUUAUUGUGGGAACCUUGGUUCUGGUACUGCUUAACUAUGCACUGUUCCUGCCCUCGAUCAUUUUGCUCCUGUAUAUGUCAGUCAUGAAAUGUUCAAAUGCUCCCUUCAUCUUACUUCAGUUCAGUCCCUUUCUGGACUUGGUUCUGUAUGUUUUCAUGAUGAAAGGGGCUGUAGACAAGCUGCUGGCCUACCUGUGUCGAUGCAGGAUGACCACAGAGCAAGAGCAGGGGCAGAUCCCCACUGUGGACAGCAACACUCCACAAAUUCCCACCUUAACUAUCAGCCUUCCAGAGGGCUGCACACCCUCAUGA